AUUUUUAGUUCCACACUAAGUUGAUAUAUAAAAGAAAAAAACUGGCGCGUAUUAUAUCAUUCAAAUCAUGGCAUCUAAAAGGAGUUUAAUGAAGGACUUCUUCAAAUUACUGAAAACUAUCGAUAGCUUUUCAGACGGGCAGGCCCGCGUCUUGUCAUGGUCAGAUGAGAGUGACGAUGACGAAUUCAGCUUCCAGGUAGAAAUCUGUCCCUCAGGCGGACCAUAUUGCUCAGGGAAAUAUGUUUUUAAGAUUGCCACAACUAGUCAGGACUGGCCUAAUUAUCCGCCCACAGUCACGUGUCAGACUCUGAUAUUCCAUCCAAACAUUGAGGAAUUCUCAGAAGACAUUUUAUCAGAAGAAUCUCUAGACCAUAUAUCAGUUGACUUAAAAGUAUGCAUAAGUACACUAGACGAAGAUGAAUGGAAUUCAACGUGGAACUCAUUUGACGAUUGUGUUCAAGCAGUAUUAUUCGUUUUACACACACCUAACUUUGAUGACCCACUUUCACCUUAUGUGGACUAUUUGGACCGUCAAGAGAUGGCCAAGCUAUCAGUGAAAGGUGGACAGAUCGAGGCUGGACCUUAUGUUCCUAUGAAUGCAGGCUGGGGAGGAAAGGAGGAGGGGAAUGGGGAUUCUAUUGUGCCUGACCACGAGGAACCAAUGGAGAUUGAUACUACAAACUGUAGCGUAGUGAGCAGCAAACGAGAAUCAAAACUGUGUAAUCAGCGUGUCCUAGAAAACUUUUACUUGACCAAUAUGCAUGAAAUUGUGUAUGACGAUCCUGGUGUUCAGGCAUUUGAAUUUUAUCAAUAAAGACAUAAAAUAUU